UGUGUUCCCUUCACAAUAUCUGACAACUUCACAUUUCACAACAGUUCGGUUCGGUCCGUUUCGUGCGUGUUGUAGUUACGGAAGGGAGUUUAUAUGUUUAAAAUAUUUGUACUAUGAAGUAUGAAAUAUUAAUGAUUUAUCAGUACAUGAACGAAUAGAAUUUUUUUCUAUCUAAACGUUUUUUAAAAACAUCCGAACAAUGGAGAAAAGUUGACUUCAGUGAUCAGUUUGAUAAGUAGUUAUGUGCUGAUUGUAAUGAACGAGACAUAAACAAGGACAUUAUAGUGUUGAAUAAAAUUGUGUUAUAAUUCAAAAUGACCUCUCCUGGCUCAACGAAUGCUCGACUUGCAAUGCAUUCGACAAUAACUAGUCAGGUAGGUCCAGAAUUUGCAAUGGCAGCUAAUGUGUCGCCUCCUCAAAAUUUCGCUGUGCAUGCGUCCGCGCAUGGUGCUGCGAAUUGCAGUGAGUCCUCCUCGGAAUCUCGUUCACCAGAACUGCCAUUAGUAAAGGCAAGCGACCGGGAAUCGCGCAUUAUAGCUGAGAAACACCGCAGGAGCCAAUAUAAAGCAGAAAUUGAGUGUAUUUAUUCUCUUCUCAGUGAUAUCAUACCUACACAAAGAAAAUUAGACAAAACAAGCAUUCUAAGACUAGCAGCUGACAAGCUUCGAAAUGAACAUGUUUUUGGGAACACUGUGAAAUGCGAUCACCUUGAAACAUGGUCCCCAGCCAUUCUAAAGUGUUUUGAUCUCUUCGGUGGAUUUAUGAUUGCUGUAACUUGUCGUGGUCGAAUUUUCAUAGUAUCUCCUAACAUUCAAGAGAAACUGGGUUAUUGCCAUAUAGACUUAUUAGGACAAGACAUUUACAAGUAUAUCCACAAUGAGGACAAGGAUAUAUUGAGGUUCCACAUAUACCCUCCAGAACUGCAAUCCGGGUUUGAUGAUAAUUUACUGAAACAGCAACAUAAUUUUAAAAUUCGUUUUUUGAGAGCCGGAGCAAAGUCUGACCUGCCAAGAUAUGAACAGUGCCAUAUUAAUGGUACACACAGACGAUCAGACAAAGCAACAGCUAAUGGAAUUCAAGAUAAACAAAUAAUUAGACGGCAAAGAGUUAGGCAUAACCGUACAUUUACCUCUAGCGGAAAUGAUUUUGUUUUUAUUGGAAUGGUACAUGUACUUUCCAAUGUGAGACCAGUUUGUUUGGUAUCACCUACUGCAUAUUCUGAGUACAAGACUAGACAUUUGAUUGAUGGACGCAUAGUGGAAUGUGACCAAAGUAUAUCACUUGCCGCUGGUUACAUGACGGAAGAAGUUACUGGCACAUCUGCUUUUAUAUUUAUGCAUAAAGAUGAUGUGCGUUGGGUAAUAUGUGUCCUGCGGCAAAUGUAUGAUCAAAGCAGAGAAUACGGCGAGUCUUAUUAUAGGCUCAUAACUCGUUCUGGUCACUUCAUUUAUAUGAGAACACGUGGAUUUUUAGAAAUAGACCCAAACACUAAAAAGGUGCAAAGUUUUGUUUGUAUCAAUCGAGUCAUCAGCCAAGAAUACGGACGGAAGAUGAUGGAGGAAAUGAAAAGGAAAUAUUCUGUUAUAGUAGAUAUGGAAAAUCAAAGUGAGAGAGUGUCAUGUGUUGAUGAGGCACCGGUGGAGCAUCCAAAGCACUUGGAGCGCAUUGUGAUGCAUCUAGUUGAGCCCCCCGCAAGUGAGAAUAUUGAUGAGUUGAAAUUAGUUCCACCAUCAAAAGAAAACAUCAUAUCUGCUAUUAAAAAUAGCGAGAAAGUUGUCCAAGAGACUGGUAUAAGGUUUGAUACGAGAAAAAGGAAAAAAUCUGACCAUGAUGAUGAAGAAGUGCUGAAAAGACACAGUUUAGUGUGAAAAGUUUAAAAUAAGUUUUAUUGUAAUAUGUGUACCUUGAACUAUAUGAAAUAGGAAAGACAAUGGGUGUUCCAUGUUGUGUUCUUAUGUGUCCUUUUUAGAACUAUGUGUAUUGGCAACUACAAAGUAUGUGCUGUACAUUACCAUUGGUUUUUGCUACUUAAACAUCCAUACGAAAACUUCUCAGAUUUAUGAGAAUAAAUGAGCACGAUAAUGUUUUUGUAUGAAUGCUUUGGUUGUGGAAACUGAAAGUUAUAAGUACUCUAAUCUAAUUCUAGCUAGCUUAGACAUUUUAUAGGAUGUUGAAUGAACUAUUAUUAAAUGUAUGUGCAAUUCUCAGCAAUUAUUUAAUGUGGUGUUAUUCCCUAGCACAUGUGAGGGUCCAUUUUUGUAAUCCAACUUUGUAUUGUACAAUUUAUUGCAACGCAGAUGUCAUGAAUGUACUAACCACCUUAUUCAUCCUUGACUAUGAGGAUGUGUAAUUUUGCCAGAUAAUGGAAUGUAAGUCUGAAAACUGUGGUAUUUUUUUUAAAGUAAUUUACAUAAUACUGACUUAAAGAGUAUUUUUCUACUGUAGAUUGUGUAAAAUAAAUUCACAUUAAAAGCGACCAGUUGCAAGGUUAUCAAAUGUUUUACAAUCCAGAUAUUAUUCAGGGGAUAUUAGUAAUUUGCUAGCAAUCAGAUUUUUGUUAUUGCAUUAUUUUUGCUUAUAACUGGUUUAGCCUAAGGGCUUUUAAAUUGAUUGGUUGAAUUAAUUAAAUAUGUUUAUGAUUUUA